AUGGGGGAUUUUGGGCGGUCCCGCGAGGCCUGUUUCGCCGCGCUGGACUUAGCUCGGUACGACGGCCGCCACCCCCCGCCACACUCCUUCACCCUCUCGGCGGCGCCUAUAGACAAGCACCACAUCGUCGUCAUCGUCUUUGUUGUCCAGCGGGAGCAGCACCCCCGAACCGGAGCUCCCCCACGCGGCCGCCCUCACGCCGCGUCGCCGCCAAAAGCUCGGGGUCCACGCACCCACCGGCGGCAAGUGCGGCCCCGCAGCCCACCGCCGCAGUUCCCCCCCAGGCCUGGCGCAGCCUUUCGCCCCCGUCUCGUUCCCCCAGCACGCCCCCGCCCACCGCGCGUGGCCGCGGUACCCCGAACAAGAACGCUGCGGGCGGCGAAGACGGCCACUGCCUCAAAAGGAAGAACGUCAGCCCCCGGCAAGGCCAACCGCCACGGCCCCCGCGCCGCACAGGCCCCCAGUAACAAGGCCCAGGAGGUCCCGCCUCGCACCACAGUCACCAAAACCCCGCGGACCACCGAGGACAAGCCUUCCCGUACCCCAGGCUGCCAUCCCCUGACGCCAAGCCCCCACCUGUCCCUGACACCAAGUCCCCACCUGCGCCGUCAUCUCCGCCCCAGCAUAGAGAGCGGUUUCCUGCGCACAGCCGAAGCCAUUCCUCCUUUCUUUGGGGGAAGGGGGGUCAGUAAUGCUACGGAUGAGGAAGCCAAGAAUCUCAUAUCGAAGCAGUUUGAGUAG